ACACAAAAGUUUCUUUUUUAGGUUCUCUUGUGUGCUUUGGUCUUCAAACUUUUAAUAUUAUUAAGGAAGAACUCACUGAGGUGCUCGAAAUUCCAGGAGAAAUCACCAGCGAAUUUCUGCCAUUUCUUAUGCUUCUAAUAACCGAUGUCGAAUUAAGGGAGAGACAACUCGAAGCGGGCAAUACUGAUUUCCAAUUGGAAGAUAUCGAGUCCGAGGAGAAAGUAACGGAGCUCCUUCGGAACGAGGAGUUCGCUCAGAAGCUGCUGGGCCUCCACAUGCUCGACUUGGUGGGAAACGGUAAGAGCGUGGAGCUGGCCAGGCUAACCUCGUGGCUGGUCAGGGCUGACUUGCCGCUGGACUUUGAGGUUCUUAGCACACUCAUCCUUAAAGUAGGCGAAGUGAGCGACAUCAUGAACACCAUGCGCGUUUGCCUGCUGGACCAACUCUUGAUUCCCAAGGCGGCUGUCGACGAGGACGUGCACUUGCAAACCGUGGGCCUACUAUGCGCCCAGCACCAUUUGCUGACAUCAGGCCAGCUGCAGACCUAUUUAAAGCGGUUGUGCACAUGCGAGAGCAGGCAUCCGCUCUCUGCCGAGGGGAAGAGAGAACUCAAGGAAGCCUACCUUGAAUUGCGGGAAGUUAUCGGCCAGAAACUCCCCACCGACUGCAUUGAGAACUACAUCACCCACGUGUUAGACGACCCUCAAAACGACGUAGAGGUCAACGAGGAGGAAGCGCGGAAUUGCUCAUAAAGAACCUCCGCUUUUUAUUAAUUGAUACUAUUAAAGUUAACCCAACGUAUACACACGUAUUAUAGUAAAUAUUGAUCCACU